AUGUUACAGUCAACCAUACGCCGGUCAGCGACCCAGUCGCAAGCUUGGAAACAACCGGUUCGAUAUAACAGCACCGCACUCCCAAACGCCUCCAAGCCACCAUCACGGUGGACACGCCGUCUAGUUUAUGCCGGAAUCUUUGGAACACUUGGCUACACCGUUGGUGGAUGGGUGGACAGCAAAAUCUCCAGUCCACCAUUCCUUCCUGGUUCGCUAGAGGACAAAUACUUUUCUCUGGACCUGCAGCAGGCGUUUGAUGCGAUACCUCUCGUGCGCGAACUGCGCAGUAACCCCGACUACGAGGAAAAGAGCGUAUACGAUAACUUUGCGGAUGAGCACAAAUCCCACCGACUGACCUCUGGCCCCUUGGCGGGUAGCAGGGGCCUUGGAUUCCAGAGGGUUUUCUGGAACGACAAGGACAAAACGAACGUCAGUGUCGUGUUCUUGGGGCGCGGUAUGGAGGGCUGGCCCACGAUGGUUCACGGUGGUGCUAUCGGAACUGUCAUCGAUGAGAACUUGGGAAGAAUAGCCAUUCGGCACUUCCCAGAGCGAACAGGAGUCACCGCAAACCUCAAUCUGAACUACCGCGCCCCGGUCACCUCGGACAAAUUCUAUACCCUGCACACAUCCCUCGACCAGGAGCAGAGCACAGACCGCAAGGCCUAUGCCCAUUGCGUGGUUCGUGAUAUGACAGGGAAAAUCUGUGUUGAGGCAUCGGGUCUUUUCGUUGUCCCCAAAAAGCUCAAGCUCGCCAAAGUCGGGGAGCAUUUUUGA